UUUAAAUCCGCUCCUCGUCACACGUCUGAGGAGCCUGUCGUUACUGCGAGAAAUUAGUCUAAAUGUGUUCGAUAGCGAUGCCUGCCGAACUGAUUUUACACAGCCCCCCGGUGUACAGUUCCCUGCUGUACGGCCCCUUGGUGGUCACGGCUCCCACGAUCACCAGCCGAUCGGUGCCACCUAGAAUCAGACCGUGCCUCUCUACGGGAUCCUUACCUUUGGACUCACUACGAAACAAUGAUGGGAAACAGAAGAAGCGGGUGGUGUUCGCCGAUGAUCGCGGCCGACCCCUCACACAGGUUCGCGUCAUGUCGGAACCGAGCAACGUACCACCACUAUGGAGCACAGCUUACGUGGCCGGUCUGCUCGGCAUAUCGAAGGAUCAAAGUCAAGAAGCAGCACAGGAUAUUACACCACCGUGGCAGGUGACUUUCCCGCAACCAGCGAGCGAUUAUCUCGCCUUCCGGCGUAAGCUCGAUCAAAGUAGCGUUAGCCUGGAAAACGUAAUCGUGCGUGAGUCCGAGCAGUGCUUGGUGGGCACGGUGAAGGUACGGAAUCUGGCCUACGACAAGGAGGUCGUGGUGAGGGCCAGCAGCGAUAGCUGGUCUACCCACGAGGACGUGCACUGCACGUACGUGGCGCAACCGGGGUCAUCGAGUUCCCUCAUUCUGUACGAUACCUUCCGCUUCCGGCUCACCUUGCCGGUGGCGUCGAACGUCAUUGAGUUCUGCGUGAGGUAUCGCACCGACGGCAAGGAGUCGUGGGACAACAACGAGGGCAAAAACUAUCUUGUUAGCAAAAAGCAGGAGCCUCGAGUACCAGCCGUACGAUGUGAUAACAGCCAAACGAGUAAAUGCGACGGGCUCUCCAACGGAACGAGGGACGGCAGCGUGCCGCAGAUCGCGGAAGCUAGCAGGUUGAACAUGCGUACCUGGAGCGAAUUCGCAUCUUGGCAGCACCUGGCCAACGAUGCACCCUAUUGGUGAAUCGACCUGCGAUGAGGUCGUGCCCCCUCGUCUCGAUAUCGAAAUCAUGUACGAAGCUGUACAAACUCCUUCAGUUUUUCUCACCUCGGCGACUUCGCCGAGACGUAGAUCACGCGGGAGUGCGGGACCAAGAGCCGGAGGCGCAUCUCGCGAGGCACGUGAGUCGCCAGGGACGUGGGAACGGAGAGGAAUAGACGCGAGAACGUGAGGAGAGGAGCUGUGCGACGAUUCUCGAAAAUGAGAAAACGAGAGCGCGCGUGCGGGAGAAAAGACCAUCGAGAGAACGAUAGCGCAGAGGCGGCGG